UUUAUUAUAAACGUUGAAACACAAGUACGUACGAACGAUAUCUUAGAGGGUGUUUGGGAGAGAGGCCCCUCUCACAAAACACCACAAGCUUUAGAUCAUAGAAUGGAUGAGACCGGUGCGGCCGAGGCGAUUGGGAUGGAGGCGCCACCAUCCCCGACGGCCAUGGCCACCUCUGGUAGCUGCGUGGUGGAGAUACCGACGGAUAUAACGCUCAGCCAUGAUGACGGCGAGCGAUUUCCUGGGGAGAUAUCGAUGGUGCGACCACAGCGGCACUCGAUUUAUCGGGUGCCAGAGUACAUCAAGGACAUGACCAACCGGGACGCGUAUCGGCCGCAGGUGGUGUCGCUGGGGCCCUUCCACUACGGCGAACCCCCGUUGAAGCCCAUGGAGGCGCACAAGCAGCGCGCGGUGGCGCACAUGGUCAGCCGGAGUGGGAAGCCACGGCAGGAGUUCACCGCUGCCGUGGAGGGGAUAGCCGAACAACUGCGGGGCGCUUAUGAGAACCUAGGCGAGGAGUGGAGUGGAGAGCGGUUCGUGGAGCUGAUGGUCACCGACGGCUGCUUCUUGCUGGAGGUGAUGAAGGAUGAGGUGGAGGUACAAGGUUAUGGGUCCGAUGACCCUGUUUUCAGCAAGCAUGGCCGUCUAUACUUGUACUCCUAUAUCAUCUCUGACAUGCUCUUGGUUGAGAACCAGUUGCCAUUGCUCCUCCUCCAAAAGCUCACGCUUGUUGCAGAUCCUGACACUGAGGAUGAUAGAGGGAUAAACCACCGGGUGCUUGAUCUUCUUUCCUAUACCACCACGCCUACCGCGCCUACCACCCCUGUCGAUGAGUUUUUGGGGCUCCACCCACUGGACGUUCUCCAGAAAAGCGUCCGUGGUACUCGUCAAUACCGCCAAAGGCCAAUAGGAGACGGACACAUGCCUUCCGCUGCAGAGCUCCGUGAGGCAGGAAUCCAUUUCAAGGUGAGCACAGGUGAAGGAUUCGCAGGCACGGUCAGCUUCGAACGAGGCGUACUGCGCGUCCCAAAGAUCUUCCUGUACGACGACGCCGAGCGCAUGUUCCUCAACCUGAUGGCCUUCGAGCAGCUGCGCCCGGGCGCUGGGAACGAAGUGACCGCGUUCGUGUCAUUCAUGGACGACCUCAUCAACACGGCCAAGGACGUGCGGCUGCUGAGGGCCAAGGAGAUCAUCGAGAGCGGCUUGGGAAGCGACGAGGCGGUGGCGAAUCUGAUCAACAACACGCUGACGAAAGGCUCGGUGAUGGACGAAGACAGCAGCCUCAACGACGUGAUGUCGGAAGUGGAUGCCUACUGCAAGAUGCGGCGGAACAGGUGGAGGGCCAUCCUCCUACACACCUACUUCAGUAACCCUUGGGUGUUCAUCUCCCUCGUCGCUGCUACUGUCCUGCUCAUUGCUACUGUCAUCCAAACUGUCUACGCUAUCCUGUCCUUCAACAGCAAGACCUAAUUAAAACCUUGCACCAUGACAAUUUUCAGGGCAACAUAUUGGCUCCGGUGUUGGGCUCAGCUACAAAGCUGUGAUGAAGAUGGCGAGUUUAUGAAGGUUGCAUGCCGUAGGCUUGAGAUGACAGUUAUGCAACUUUUUGCCAAUUAUGGUUGGAGAUUCACAAAUAGACUUCAAUAACGUGUUCUCCUUAUCUUAGAUGGGUUAUUUUUUAUUUUAAGUGCGUGUUCUCAAUGUUUUGUUGAACUAUACUCUUUUUUGAGUGCAACUUUGUAAUAAUUGGCUGUAGCUCGUUUUGAGCUAAGGUCGGGAUAUUCUAUUCCAUUAUUAAAAAAAAAACCUUCCAAAA